AUGGAGCCAGCGACAGUGAAGUGGAACGAAGCAGUUCAGAAGCGAGUUGGUGAGACAUCCAGCAUGCUCAAUCAGAUGAAAGGCAUCAAAAUGAUGGGUUUGACGGAUUUCUUUCUUAAAAUGGUGCAAGGCCUAAGAGUCAAAGAGCUCAAAGUUUCUGCCAAGUUCCGAUGGUUGCUCGUCUACUUCAACGCCCUUGCCAUGAUUUCUGCCCAGUUGACUCCUGUGGUUGUCAUCAUGUCUGCAAUCUACUGGACCAAGGCAGAUGAAGGUCUGAGUGUCGCAGAAGCCUUCACAUCGCUAUCCUUGAUUUCUGUUGUGACUCAACCACUUGUCAUGAUUCUCGUCUCUUUGAUGCAGAUUGCAGGUGUGCUCGGGGGCAGCGGCAGAAUUCAAGCGUUCUUGCUUCUGGAUGAGCAGAUUGUCACUAAGGAGGCGGUCGACGUUGAUGCCAUCACCAUACAAAACGCCAGGUUUCAGACACCUGAUGGAAAUUCUUUGCUCACCAACAUCAACCUCCGAAUCUCGCCCGGGACACUCAACAUGCUCGUGGGUAGAGUAGGCUGCGGCAAGUCAUCACUCUUGAAAGCGAUCAUCGGCGAGCUUAUACCAGCAGAGGGGACAGUCAAGGCCCAGGAUUCUCUUGCGUAUUGCGACCAGGUACCAUGGCUCCGCAACACCACGAUCCGAGAAAAUAUCGUUGGACAGUCGCCGAUGGAUGAGAAGUGGCUGUCGACAGUUCUUCAUGCUUGCGCUUUGGAAGAGGAUCUCCAUCAAUUGCCCCAGGGUCAAGAGACAAUUGUUGGCUCCGGUGGAGUGGCUUUGAGUGGAGGCCAAAAGCAGCGGGUUGCCCUUGCGCGAGCUGUCUAUUCGCGCAAGAAGAUGAUUAUACUCGAUGAUAUCUUCAGCAGCCUUGACAAAACGACUGCAGAUACAGUCUUCCAUCGCCUCCUGAGAGCGGAUGGUUUGCUCCGGACGAGCACUGUUGUCUUAGUAACCAGUAACGUUCACUAUCUGCCCUUCGCGGACUUCGUUACAGUGAUUGAAGACGGUCGCAUCACUCGCAAUCAAGUUCUAUACUCUCAACUCGAAGCCACCGAAACUCUAAACACUAUCGCACCAAUCGAAUCCCGGGAGUCUACACAGAAAGACAUAGUCAAGCUUACUCCGAAGAAGGAGAUUGACUUGGCUCGGAAGACAGGAGAUACGGAUUGCUACAAGAUAUAUGUGAGGUCGAUGGGUUGGAAAGUCAUUAGCAUCAUUUUUCCACUUUCUGUGAUUGGCGCCGUCCUUGAAGCCAUGCCUCGUGAGUAUUAUGUUCGUCGUUGA